AUGCAACGCUCUUCGUCAGCACACUUUACCUCCAUCCUUAAUCCUCUUCCCUCCUCCGAUCCUCCCAUCCUUUCUACCCCGGAUUCUGCACCCAACACUCCCCAGACAGAGACACCAUCUAUAGCCGUCGACAACAUGGCCGCCGUCGCCAACCCAGUGCCGCAGGUCGUCACUUCCCAGACAAGUCACCCCAAUCCUACAGGCAGCAAUGAGGAGCGACAAGAUCUUCCUCGCCCUUAUAAGUGCCCGCUAUGUGACCGAGCCUUCCAUCGUCUCGAACAUCAGACGAGGCACAUCCGCACGCAUACUGGAGAGAAGCCUCACGCUUGCCAGUUUCCAGGAUGCAGUAAGCGCUUUAGCAGGUCAGACGAGUUGACCCGCCACUCAAGAAUCCACAACAAUCCCAACUCCCGUCGCAACAACAAGGCUCAUCAGGUCGCUGCUGCAGCGGUCGCCGCCGGCUUGCAAGAUGGUCCUAACCACAACUAUCCCUCCCAGGCACAGAUGAUGCCACCUCCCAACAAGAACAUGGCCCCGCGCUCUGCGCCUACCUCCAUGGCCGGCUCGCCCAAUGUCUCGCCCCCACACUCUUUUGCCAUGGCCACCAGCUGCAGUUCGAACCAGCCUAGCCCAAUGUCUAGAGAUGGCGAGAGGGGAAAUGUCAUGGACAUCAAUCUUUUAGCAUCCGCCGCGUCCCAGCUGGAGAGAGAGGACCACUCCGUUGCGCGGAUGCCCUAUCAGCAUCAGCACCACCUUUUCAGCCAUCGGAACAUUCCAAGCAACGGCCGACUUCCUUCGCUGUCUGCCUACGCCAUCUCUCAAUCCAUGUCCAGAUCUCACUCGCAAGAGACUCAGGAAGAUGGGCACCGUUCGAAACGUUCAAGACCCAACUCGCCCCACUCUACAGCUCCUUCGUCUCCGACUUUCUCUCACGAGUCCAUCUCGCCAACUCCCGACCACACGCCACUUGCCACUCCCGGCCACUCGCCCCGGCUGAGACCCCACGAUCAUGAUUUGCAACUACCAGGCUUGCGGCACUUGUCACUGGGCCAGCAUACCCCAUUACUUGCACCUAUGGAGCCUCAGGCUGAUGGGUCAUACUCGCAUGUAGAGCCACCGAGACAUACUGGGCCUUCGAUUGCGGAUAUCGUCACAGGCAGUCAACGAAAGCUUCCGGUUCCGCAGCUACCCAAGGUCCACGAAAUGCUUCAUUUACCCAAUGGUCUCAGCUCGGGCGAGUCUAGUGCAGCUGCCUCGAUCAACGGUGAUUCCCAUCGCUGA